AUGUCAAUUAUGUUUACGGUCGGAGGUUCAAGUCCUCUCGCUGCUACCAAUUUAAGAAUUGUAGCAGAAAAUAACUGGCCUUCUUUGCCGGUGGCAAUAGAUAAUCAGUCAGUUAUUUCACCGGAGACUGACUAUCACUAUUUAGUCAAAGAAUAUGGGAAAGAAGUAGCCCAAAAACAAGCUACCCAUUUACGUAGUCGGGAGUUAGCAACCAUUGAAUAUACAAUUUAUCGACAAAAUUAUACCAACAAUAGUGAUAAAUUCAAGGAAAUUAAUUUUGUAAAGGAUAUUAUUUACGUUAAUAAUUCCACUCUGUUUACCACCCGAGGGUUUCGUUGGGGAAAUAAUUUAAAUGCCAGCGGCAAAGUGCUGCUGACUAAGACGGGAGCAGAGAUUAAUUUUCAUGCGGAUUGGAAUACUUCUACCAUUCAACCUCAAAAAUACAGAGAAGAUAAAAAAAUAGCCUGGGUGGAAAAGUUUUCUUUAUCUCCUCAUAGCCAAACCGAAAUUAUUUUGACAAUGAAAGAAAUUAAUUACGAAUCUGACCUCAGUGGGGAUAUCAUUAUUGAAGAUAAUAAUAAUAAAACGGCAGCCACUAAGUUUCGAGUUAGAGGCAAAUUACAGGGAGCUUAUGGUUAUCAAUUAAGUAGCAAUAUAACGAGCAAACCAUUAAAUAACUUUGACCCAACGCCUACUCCCAUUAUAACUGCAACGGCUACGGCAACUGUCACCGCCAUUCCUGAUAAUGGUGAUAAUUACAACUAUUUAACUUAUCUGGUAUAUUACCCUAUCGGAGCAGGGACAAUGGCUGCAACU